AAAAAAAAAUCGUGCAAGGUCAGUUCAGAGGAAAAAAAAAUCUUGCAGAAACCCAGCGUGGGAAAAAAAUAUCUUGCAAGUUAUUAGACCAACAUAUAUUUAGGUAAAGUUAUAAACCUCAGAGAAUAGUAAAUCAAUGGAAAUAUAUAAACGUAAAAAAUUAUACAUAAUGUAGACUGUAGUUAUAUUAAACAUACACAUCUCAGUCUAAAAUAUUUAGUUGUACUGUCUUAAAAUAACCUGUAUUUAAAAUAUAAAGUUGAUUUAUAUACAAACACUAUAUAUUAACAAAUAACAACAUAAAAUAACAAAAACAAAAAACUUUCACCAUGUUAUCAGUAUCAGUUGAAUAUAAAUGUUAUCUUCCUUUUAAUAUCACAGCAUGUUUAUAUUAAAAAAAAAAUCGUGCAACACAAGCAUGGCUGAAAAAAAAGAUCUUGCACAACGUUGUUGCAAAAAAAAAUAUCCUGCCCGAAAAAAUUGCCACCCCCCCCCCCUCCCCCAUUUUCUAAUGGUCCGCCCCUUAGUACAAUUGAGACUUCAUAAAGUUAAGUAAUUCAGGUUAAGUACAAGAUCUUCUACUGCUGGGCAUUUAAAAUAACUUCUAAUCGUAUGAAUUAAAGAGUACACUGCAUAAAAAAUCGAGUAAAAAAUUAUCAAAUUACUAAUUAGUCAUAUCACUUCUAUUCUGUUAAUUUACUCACCCGUUGGUUCAGCAUAGUAAUAUAUAUGGCAUCCAUAUUCCAACAAAUGCUUGAUUUCAAGGGGUACACUUUUUUGAGACACUCUGUGGUAUACCCCGCUAAUUUUAAUUUGACCACGCUCUUAGCAUAAUGAAACAUAUUGCGGAAUUAAACAACAAUACCUCAAUACUUAAAAUUUGCUUUAAUAAUUAUUAAGUCCUUUAACGGAAGAUUUUCACGCGAAUAUUAAGAGGUAUGUUACUUUCAAUGAUCCGAAGGAUACAGGUUCACGGGGAAACGUCAAAAACGUCAAAAACGUCAAACAUUAAACAUUGUAUUGCUUCUAUAACUAUUCAGCAACUUUAUUCUCGACUUGGUGGGUUCUUUAGGUUCUUGGGGUUCUGAGUGAUGAUAUUUCCCUUGGGCCAACGCCCCUUGGAAAAUAUCAUCACUUCGGGUAAUAUUUCGCCAAAUCCCCCGAGGGGUCUAUAAAUGAUAAAUACGUGAUAGGAUAUACGAUACAUAGAGGACUAGGAUAACCGACUUGUUUUAUUUUACAAAUUUUCUGGUACAUGCAUGCAUAUGCAGAAGAAAAUUGAAAAUUGACAUUUUUAAAGAGUCGGCCAGGACCUUGAUUUUUCUUUUUUAUCUACACAUAUUACGAAGUGCAAUUACCAUAUAUUGACGAUAAAAAAACGUUUUAAACCACAUAGGUACUAUACACUGUGUCAUGUAAGUAUACAGGGUGUAUAAAAAAGGAGACCCUUAGAAAUCAAGUAUAUUGUUCAAAUUUGAAUGCCUUUCAGUUGCACAUAUGCUGAACCGUGGUGGGCGAAAUAUUGAUGAGUGCAUAUACUAGAAAAAGGAGACCUUUAGAAAUCAACCAUAUUUAUAAUUUGAAUCCAGGAGCACUUUGCUUAGCCCAAGAGUGCAUAACAUGCGAUCUACGUACAGUAUGCAUGGCAGAUUGUCCCCAGGAGCAGAUAAUCUUUUGUUUAAACGUUAUUUCAAUUUCUACAGGUCUCCUUUUUCUAAUAUAUCCACCCCAUCAAUAUUUCACGCACUAUGGUUCAGCAUAUGUGCAAUUGAAAAGGCAUUCAAACUUUAACAAUAUGGUUGAUUUCUAAAGGUCUCCUUUUUUUAUACACCCUGUAUAUCAAUACAAAAUAUUGAUAAGAUCUUCUAAUGGUAACCACGUUGGAAGAAAAUACGCUCCAACUAAAAUAGUUUGUUAUGAAUAUUCUUCCAACAUGACCGCCGUGAUGUUAUGAAUGCCGGUUCUACAAAAUAAUUCCAUAAAUGUGGGUAAAGUAAGCACCGGAGAUUUAACGAGAAAAUAUUUUAUAUCACGAUUCGAAUUACUCCCCCCACGAAUAUAAAAAGGGAAUCAAUAUCCUUCACGCAUACUAUAUAAUUUUGUUUAUUAAUUUCUAGAAACCUCCAGAACCAGUCUCAACAAGCACUCCGCCUCAGAUAACAUCGACAACACAAAAACCAGCAUCAAGUAAGGUUUAAAAUCAUAAUUAUAUUAUAACUACACGCCCGACAAUGAUUCAUUACAGUAUACCGGGUUGGCCUAAUUUAACCAACAAUCUUAAUAUUUAUACUAGGCAAUAUUAAAAAGUUACGUCAGGUUAAUAGUUAAGAGAAUUGCAUUUUACUCAAUAUUUAGCAAAUCAAGAACUGUUAUCAUCUUGUAAGGAACUACUGCAAAGAAACAGGUUUGUGAGUCACCAACGUUGAAGAUUUUGUAUGAAUGGAAAUUUCGAGUGUAAAUUUUAUACAUCUAGUUAGACCUAACCAGGAGCAGCUGCAGCAAAUAAAACUAUAUAGGCCCACUAGCAGGAAUCCACCCUGCGUCCUUGCGAUUUCGGUGCAGCGCUCAAACCAACUGAGCUGCAGAGUCCAGUACCAUUAUUAUGUGACAUAACGAACCCUUAAUGAAAAGCAUUCGAAUAGAAAUGUCGUGGUAUUGUUGAUGUCUCAACAUUCCAAAGAGACAUUAAAAGGAAAAACAGUUUAAACCAAACUGAUAAAACUAUUCAAUAUAAUGAAGAAGUUAGUUUAAUCAAACUAUGCUUUUAUAUCCUCUACACCAUUAAGUAAAUAAACAAAAGAAUCAGUAAUUUUUACUGGCUUAUUGGAAAUAUGGUGCAAAUACCUUACCUUAAAACUUCUGACUAAAGUUUACACGAUGUUACAAUGUGGUCUUGCUAAUAUUCACAAAAUUACUUCGUACUAUUUAUACUAAUAGGUCACUAAACAAUGGUGUUUACCAACUACAAAAUACAGGUUCACUCGAACAAUAUCAAGUUUACUGUCACAUGACUGAAUUAUCUGGAUGUGGCCAAGGAGGUUGGACACUAGUGAUGAAAAUGGAUGGGAACAAGGUACGAAUAAUCUUAGCCUAACAUAAUCUCUUUGAAUGUUCAAACAUGACAAGCAAUAACAUAGAAAAAAUGGGUACACCUUUUGCUUUGCAGAAUGAAUUCAACUACAGCUCUCCUUACUGGACAAACAAAGAAACGUACGCAGUUGAAGAUGGACUUGAAGGUUUGAACGAAAAACAGGCAAAACUUGCUUCUUACUGGAACACACCGUUUAACAAAAUAUGCCUCGGAAUGAAAGUCAAUGGUGCUACAAAAUGGAUAGCGUUAAACUACACCACAAACUCGUUACACAGUGUGAUCGAAGACGGGACUUUUAAAGGAACAACCUUUGGAAAGGAAGGAUGGAAAUCUCUCAUCGAUGGUUCGUCUCUGCAAGAUUACUGUAAUGUAGAAGGAUUUAAUAUACAAAAAAAUUUCGCGGUUUACCAGUGGCGGUGGUACAUGAACAUACGAAUUGGUUUGGUGGCAAAUGAACAGAACAUCUGCAAUAGUUGCGAUUCGUGCAUUGGUUUUGGAACUUCAGUAAGUGGAUGCGGGGAUGAUGUAAGGAGCACAACGUGCGGCAAUAUGGCUGUUUGUGAUCAACUGAAUAAUAUGAACACGGCAGCAUUUGGAUAUAUACUCGUACAAUAGUAUUUGCAACGAUUAUAUAGGAACUAGCUGACGCAGAUGCAAAAACUGUAGUAGUUAUUGUAGUAAGUAUACGAAACGUUUGUUUUGAUUGAACAUAGUAUAAAGCCAGUUUUCCACUUCGCCCGUAUCGUACCGAAACGUACUGGUGAGCAUGCGUAGAUUGAAAAGAGGUUUAUAAAUCCACGUAGUUCCGGGUGUAUUCGCGUAUCAAAAUAAAAAGUUCGUCGCAAGUCAACCGUUCAACAGUCGCGAAAUUUUGAAAUUUAAAAACGUUUUUGAUAUGUUUCGGUACGGUACGCUUAAAGUUGAAAACCGGAUUAACUCUCUAUCAUGCAUUAUAAUUAUAUAACGCAUAAAAAAUGUACAUUAUUGAAAAUUAAAUGGCUGCCAGCGAGGCUGCCGGCUCAAGGUUUGCUCGAGACGAUGAGGAAGAAAUUAAUCAGAUUAUAGAGGAUGCAAUACCUAAAAGUACGAAAAGACAAACAAGCUGAAGCACUGCUAUCUUCAGAGGUCAGUAAACCAAGCAAAAACUUAUAUUAUUCGCCAUUUUUCCGUGUGUAAAGAAGUGCUCGAAAAGUUCAAUUUUUUGCUUGUUGUUGCAUUCCUUGUCUGGCAUGCAAUUUGCAGGCUUCUCGGUGAGUUUUUACAUUAAUUAUAAACUGCUAUUGUUAAACAUUGUCUUUUUCACUGAUGUUAAUAAAUGUUGUCUUGAACUGCAAUUGUUUUCUUUUAUUUUGUGGGCAAAAAGCGUGCUGCAUUUGCAUGCAAACAGUGAAGUCAGAUUAUAUAUUAAAUGGGUUCUCUAGACUGUAAAGUUCGUGUUUUGUUUACAAAUAUACGCAUUUGCUGAUCAUACAAUGAACUCGAAAUUUUCAAUACUGCACUCGGAUUCGCCUCGUGCAGUAUUGAAAUUUCUCGUUCAUUGUACGAUCAGCGCGUGCGUAUAUUUGUAAACAAAACACUAACAGCAGUCUCUAACCCUUAAAUAGGGGGUAGCAAAUCUUCGAGUUAAGCCCCUCGAGUUAAGCCCUUCGAGUUAAGCCCCGACCACGCCCUUUCGAGUUAAGCCCCGACCACGCCCAUGCCACAUCCAUUUCCGCUGAGGGCUUAACUCGAAGUACAUAACUGGAGUUAGGUACUUCGAGUUAAGCCCUGUAGAAAAUAGGGGCUUAACUCGAGCAAAGUCAAACAUUUUGUUCUUCGAGUUAAGCCGCAACGUUUGAAAGAUGUAAACGAGUUACGGUUAGUCCAAACAAAUUAAAUUAUCAUUUGGAUCUCGUUUCGUUCAUUCACGGUUCAAUACGUUUUAUUUCAGCCGACGUAUUAUAUAUAUUAUUGACUUUAAGAUUGACGUUUACGGCAAACCGCUAACCGGCAAACUUCAAAUCGUAAUUUAAAGUCAACUGUUAGCUGUUCGAAAUUGGAGCAACUUGUGCAUAAAAAUUGGACUAUGAUUUAGCUACUUUUAGCUAACAAAGGAAUAAAGAUCGACUUUUUCUGCCGUAAAGGUCAAUCUUAAAAUAUUAUCAAAUUGUAUGCCGGUGUCCAAAAAAACACCGGACUCUGUUUGAUUUCAUGUAAUGUAAAAGCUAUCGCAGAUUCGCAAUGAAAUAAAGAUCAUUGCAUUCAUAAUGGCUAACUUAGAUUUUGAUUAGCAAUUUAUAAUCACGAACGUGUCAUUUUAAAAAUGAGCUCAGGGCUGGUUUACAAGACGUUUAUGAUAAUUAUGCAUACGCAGGUAUUUUAUUGAAGUUCAAUUCAUCAACUUAAGUCCUAAAGAGUAAAGGGAGUUAAUUUUCAAUAGUUUUAGACCCAAUUCUCAACGGUGGAAAUAUGCACUUUCACAUUAUAUGGUUGUUACAACUAUUCAAGUCUUCAUUAUAUAGAACGAUUUCAUUAGACUGCACACAUUUCAAAACAAAAAUGGUCGCAAAAUGUCGAUCGCCCCACAAGUUGCGAAAUGCAACAGCUGGGCAUUUUGUACGGAGCAUGCGCGAAAAAAUCAAUAUGGCGACAUAUUUAUAGGAGUGCUUCGUGGAUUUAUCUGGUUUUAAAGCUGAUAAAACAACAUUUCAAUGAAUAAAAACUUUGUAAUAUUUAGUGGAAAACAUUAAGCUAUGCAGUCCAAAGGUUUUAAAUUAAAAAUAAGUACUUUUGCGUUAUUUUAUUGCUUUUUAUGCUUUCAAAAUAGGCAAGCUCAUUUUUUUUGAAAGAAUCUAAACUAAUAUUUUACCCAUCAUUUGUUUAAUCUGAACAGAAAUUGAUAGAACACUUGGCUACAUAAGUUAUAAAAGGAAUUGGUAGCUGAUCUGAAAGAUUUCAGUAUUCCUGGUACACAUUUUAGCAAAGAAUGACUGUAAUUUUAAAAAUUAAAUAUGCAUAUCAAAAACAAUAGUUUUUAUUAGAACAACACAUAAUAAGUUGUUAUUUCCUAUUUUUACAAAAACAAGUUUGGAAACAGAAUCUAGUCGUCCAGUUUGAUGUCAUAUUCCAUUUAUUUGGAUAUUUGAAUAAAGGAAUGUGAAAUAAUAAUUGAAACUUGUCCAAAAUUUGAUACCAACACUCAAGUGAACAGAUACUAUCACCUAAAAAUAGUCAGAAAAUUUGUCAUAUAAUGCUAUGAAAAAGUCUUAGAUACUACAGGCAUAUAGUGAGCACAAUGCUUUAACAAACUCAAUAAAAUAAGUUAAGUUAUGCUAUGAUAAGAGGAUGGCAAUAUAUGACAACAUCAAAUGUUACCAUCUUCAGUGUCCAAAAAAAGUGCCGCGCGCAUUUUUCCCAGCAUACCCACUAACUUUUCCAUGAAGGUUGACUAAUAAGGAUAGUUUUAAGCCAUAUUUCGGAGAGAGGCAAUGGUAAAAAGUUUAAGAUAUUUUUAUUUAUAUGCCAUAUCACCACAGAAUUUCACAAAGCAAGCAUGCCUAUAUUCAGGAUUGCCGUUAGACUCUUAAAACUGAACAAAUCAAUACGGCACUUCCUAUCUCAUAACAACCAAUACUUGAACAUUUUCAAAAGCAUUUUUGCAGCAAUUUUUACUUUAUAACAAACCAAUACAGGAGCAAUUUCAUAAGCAUGUGACAACAUGACAUUUUCACUUCACAAGUGGAUUUGUCAAUUACAACAUCUAGCACAUUUUUCCCAUGAAUAGCUCAGGUUUUAAUAAAACAAAGUAUGAUUUAACUUUCAUAAAAUACAUUUUCUAACUGAAGGCAACGGCCAGUUUUUACGAAAUUGCAAGAGGAAUAUGUGUCAUUUUCAUCAAAAUAUGUAUUUUAAGACACUUAUUAUUCCAGAUGAGGAAGGACAAACAAAUUAUUGAACAUACCUGUGGAAACAACAACAACUCAGCUUCAAUCAAGAGUAAAAUAUGAACACUUCCUUGUUUCCAUACUGCUGUACCCUGCUUCUGAAACUCUGACAAUGAGUGAAACAUUUCCACUUGUCGCCCAUUUGUAAAUAAAAAUUCUUCGCACGUUUUCAUGCGAUUAAGUCGUUAUAUCGUUGCGUACAAGCACUACAACUUAAUCUUUCAAAAAACACUUUAUUUUCCAUGAACAAACCAGUAAAAGAGGACAAAAAAUCCUCUCACAAUGCAUAUUUUCAGCGUUCGAAGAAUCAAAAUGUUUGUUAAAGAAAUGCGCCCGCAAUAUUUAGACAGCGACAACAGAAUGCCCAGCUGUUGCGAAAUGCAAAUCUACCUUAAAAUACCGGGUGUCCCCCAAUAAAACUGGAAACUAUUUGAUUUCAUGUAACGUAAAAGCUAUAAAAGCGAUAAUGCAUUCAGAAAUGACUAACUUCGAUUUUGAUAUAUAGCACUUGAAUUUACAUGCAAUAUUGACUGCGCUAUUGAUGUUUGAACGUUGAACUACUGUUUUUGAAAAUUCAAAAAAUUAGCAUAAAACAUUAACACUUAUAAUUAUAACUACUGAUGUAGAGGGUGUAUCAAUAAAAACGUAACCUCGGAAUUUCCUAAGAAAUCACUUCGCAAUUCUUAAGCAUAAAAGAUUUUAGGCCCCUGGGAAUUGAAAUCGAAUUGCUAAUAGAUCAUAUUACUGUUGUUGUGCAUUAAAUAAAUGCAUAAAUUUUGCUUUAUGCACUCGCGUGUGCAGUAAUUUUGACAGUUAUGCUAUUUUAAAUUCCCAGGCGCCUUAAAUCUUUUGUCUUUAAAACAAUGUCGAUUUCUUCGGAAAUUCCGAGGUUGCGCUUUUUUUGAUACACCCUGUAUAUAUAUAUAUAUAUAUAUAUAUAUAUAUAUAUAUAUAUAUAUAUAUAUAUAUAUAUAUAUAUAUAUAUAUAUAUAUAUAUAUAUAUAUAUAUAUAUAUAUAGUGUGUAUGUGUGUGUGUGUGUGUUAGUUGAACGAAACGCGAUCCAAAUGAUAAUUUGUUUGUGAUCAGAUUAACCGUAACUCGUUUACAUCUUUCAACGGUAACGUUGGGGAUUAACUCGAAGAACAAAAUGUUUGACUUUGCUCGAGUUAAGCCCCUAUUUUCUAGAGGGCUUAACUCGAAGUACCUAACUCCAGUUAUGUACUUCGAGUUAAGCCCUCAACGGAAAUGGGUGUGGCAUGGGCGUGGUAUGGGCGUGGUAUGGGCGUGGCCGGGGCUUAACUCGAAAGGGCGUGAUCGGGGCUUAACUCGAAGGGCUUAACUCGGGGGGCUUAAUUCGAAGAUUUGCUACCCCCUUAAAUAGACCAUUAUCGCCAUGGGGUGUUUGAUUGACUGUUUAAUUAAUACAUUAUGUAAUGAUGAACCAUCAGAGGAAUCGCAAUUAUAUAGCUUUUAAUAGAAAAUUCAUUUAUUGUACAGUGUGUACCAAAAAAGUAUAGCCUUUUAAAUUUAAAUCAAGCAUAACGCCAUAUUCUAUUGAGUUCAUCUGACAAGGCUAUACAAUAGCUUCGAACAAUCUAGCGACCCGUAAAACAAAAGACUCUCUACUUAUGAGACAUGUACGAACAACUCAAUGAAAUACUCUGCACAGUACAAGGAGCAUUGUUAUAUAGCUAGGAAGAACCCCAAACGUAAUUGGCUGAUUUGUGGUCACGUGACUUCAGAUAAGUGCAACGUAUCCAGCCGGCCAUCAAGUGAAAAAUUGUUACCCGCCCCGACCAGCUACAUGCAUGCAUAAAUUAACAAAAUGGCGGCACAACUAGCAUAAUUAGAAAUUACGAUUUUUCAAGUUUGCGUUCAAAUAAAGAAUGUAAAAGAGAAGAAAAGUACACAACAGGCAACAGGAUAUGCUUCUGAAACCGUUUAAGUAGGCUAUCUUAAUUUUAAACUCGUUUACUCUAUAAUGUUUUUGUCACGAAAAACAAUUGUUGUAUGAAUGUUGUUGAAUGUUGAUUUUUGUUCGUCGCUAUAUGUAUAACAAAACACUUAAUGUCUGUUCCCUCGGGACAUAGUUUUGUUUUCCCUUGAAUCUCAAUGUUUCUCAAACAUUGAGACUCUUUGGAAAACAAAAAAAACUAUUUCCCUUGAGAGCAGACAUUAAGUGUAUAUUAAAAUGAAGUUAUAAUUGAUCUCUUUUGUAAAUAGGACACGUUUUCGUCGCGUAUCAUUAACUCAGAGCAGUUGAGAACAAUCAAAUCACUUAUAAUUAUCGUUAAUUUGAAUUUGAAAGGCUAUACUUUUUUUUAUACACACUUGUAUAUAUCGUUAUUUUAAAUUGUAGUUUUCUUUCAUCAGUUUGUGUUUGCAUGCAUCAGUGCAUGCCCGUUUGUGAAAAUUACGCCCCAUUUUAAAAGAAAAAUAAAAUAAAGUUGACAGGAAAACUUGUUUCAUAUUGAUUCUAAAAUAUUUUUUUUAUAUUUCUGAGGAUGGUUGAUGGUUCUGAAAUGAACUUCAGAUUCUUAAUGAUCUUUCUGUCUGCAUGUCGAUUUUGCAUGUCCGAUCCUAUGUUUUGUAAGCAGCGUGUUUUGUAGUGCAUGGUGUUAAAGAGACUGUUGAAGACAAUUGUGUUCUGGCGCAUAAUAUCCUCGAAAUUCUGGAAACACCAUUUCAGAGACUCAAAAUGAAAAUUAUUUUCAAGAGCAUGCCCUGCCCCCAUGCAGGGGUUUCGGUGCAUGCGCAAUCGUCAGAGCAAUCGCCUUUAACCUCUGAUAUUGUGGGUUCGAUUCCCGUUGUGGACGUUAUGAUAGCCAUGUGAAAAGAGUCAGUCAAGGCUCUGCCGAAAAUCGUUGGUUUUUCCGGGCACUCCAGUUUCCUCACCUACAGAAACCGCGGUUAACCUCGGUCAAACCUAGGUUUAAUCUCGGUCAAACCUCGGUUUAACCUCGGGCAAACCUCGGUUUAACCUCGGGCAAACCUCGGUUUAACCUCGGGCAACCUUGGUUUAACCUCGGGCAAACCUCGGUUUAACCUCGGUCAAACCUAGGUUUAACCUCGGUCAAACCGCGGUAUCAGACGAUUACAAAUUUCAAGACAAAUUUACGUUUUAAAAUGCCGACUCGAAAUUGUCCGCGUAUGCUCGAGAGAGAGUUAUAUUAAUUAACCUGUAUAUUUAGAAGGGGAAGCCAUAAAAGUUUCGAGAUUAGCGGCUCCUACAACAACAGCAUUUACCAUGGGGCUUCACAACUAUAGAGCUAUCAUAGUCCAAACCAUCGAAUUCGACUUCCACUGUAGAUCCUUGCUUGUCACUGUAGCAAGAGGAUACGAUUUGCUAUUAACGAAUGAAAUACUAUGCGCAACAGUUCUUAUAUAUUCGAAAUACUCCCGACGUUUAUAAUGAAUGUAUAGCUGGCGUAGCAACGGCUUUGGAAAACAGAGUCGACAAAAUUUGAGAGAAAAACCCCAAACAUACAGCGAUAUUAUUAAGAAAACUGUUCCCGUUUUUAUUUAGCAUAUAUACAGCAGUAUAUAUAGGCCACACAUUGCAAUACUAUUUGUCAAUGGAAAUUUAUUUUGGUAGUAGCAACAGUAAAAGUUUUCAUUUUUAUUGAGGAAACGUUUCAAUUACACAUAUAAAACCAUUAUUAUUUUGUGUUUCCACGUGCGUGUAAGGUCGUUUCGUACCAAGUCAUCUUGUACUCAAUUACCUUUAAAACUCAUUUUCGUUUAUAAAAACAUAUUUGACUGAGACUGAGUGAAACAUAAAUUGGCUGAAAACACGAUGUCGAUGACUCAUCAGAUGCUCAGACUCUGACACUGAAAAUUACCAUACCUGCAUGAUAUUCAAUCCCAUUAUUAUCGGGCAUAAUUUCUUAUGAAUAAACGUUUAUAUUUGUGUAAUGUUUCUCUAUACGACUAUCAAUCAGGAGAGAACAUUCUGUCCAAUGUUUUUCCAUAAACUAUUAGCAAGAGUACAGUAUGUCAAACUUUGAAAAUGAAAAUUCGAUGCUUUCGAUAUGGAUACGAAACGACCAAGCUUGAGUAACGUGACCAAACGACGCGAGUGCAAUUUGGCGAUGACACGACCAUAAGUCAUAAACCUUAACUAAUCAUAUAGUCAAUGAGGCGCAUUUACGAAUUUGUGGCGAUAGUGUAGUAUGAUAGUAUACUUGUUGACGGCAGUCACGGAAAUCGGUCCACUGCAGAUCGCGUGUUUGGAUCUUGGAAAAAGGUAUGAUAUAUACUGUUAAUAAGUCGAUAUCAUGAGUUAUGAGGUUACAUAUAUGGGAUAUAAACAUAGAUGGAUACAAUUAAGAGUCGUAUACGGGUAUUACCGUUAUGAUACUGAGUAUUUUAAUAAAAUGCAUGCAUAUAUGCAAUAUGACAACCGUGCCUGCGAUAAAGCUAAGCUUUUUUUCUUGACAUUUGAACUAGCGGCAUAUGUCAUAUAAUUAUAAUAUCCAGUGGCAGCACGCGACUGAAUGUCAAUAAUAUAUCCGCAUUGAAAUGUGGAAUUAACAAUCGGCUUUCUAAUAUCAAAAUCAAUGCGCCUUUACGGCUUUAGAUUUACUACCGAAGUCAUGCAGUAUGGCUCAUUACCGUAUAUAUAUAUAUAUAUAGAAUGUAUUCCGCUAUACACAGCGACUACAGUUAUCUAAUUGGUACUUGAUAACACCAGAUUACUAUAGUAUUUAGUAAUUUACUACCGCGUGUUAGCGUGUAUAUGUUUUUUCCCUACAAAACUAAAGAUUAGUAGAAUCGGAAAUUUCAGAUUAGUAAACUAGAAUUCAAGGCACUGCAUGCGCUUUAGAUUUACUACCGCGUAACGAAUACAGUAUCGAAUAUAAGUCCGCCAUUUUUUCUGCCUUUAAUAGCAGUUUACGAUUGGGGCACUCACGGAAAUCGGCUAGUAUUUAAAAUAUACUGUAUGUUCCUCAAAGGUUCUGUCAUGAAAAAUGUUACGAAUAUUUCACUGAUGCUAGGCAAAAACGCUUUGCUGGUGACGUAGUCGGAUCAUUUUUGCUUAGCUUUCCGCAGCCUUUGCCUAAAUUAGCUAAUGUAUAUAUGCUAUAUAUAGCUAUGGACGCUGUGAUAAAAGGUCAUAAAACAUGAAGCAAAAGCAUUGGCGCACACAGCUAUAAUAUAUACGUAUACUACAUUUAUUUAAAGGUAGUGACAUUCGAUUAUGUUUAUUAAUUUAUUUCACGGAGAUUAAUUAUGUUCCGGUUUAUUGGAAAAUUUACAAGCGUUCUUGUAUAUACAAGAAAAAAAUUUCAUAUUCGCGUUCAGUCAGGUAUUGUGGAGCGAACUCAACUUCGCAAGGCAGGAUCUCUACUUCCGCCUCCCUCCCAAACACGCUCCAGCAGAGAGAUCCUGGUGUAGGCUGGUCACGUGACACCUGGUCACGUGACACCACAAGUCACUUUAUCGCGUGGGCGAGUAGGCUGAAAUAUGUGAAAUGCAAAGAUCGAGUUUCGAGGAGUGUUUAUUUCGAAAAUCGGAUUGAUGAAAAUGUAUGAUUUACUUUAGUUGUUCAUACCAAGAGCGAUAGCCUAUGAAAACAAGCCGUUUUAAUGACUGAUUCCGCUUUAAAACAACUCCUAAAUUUACCGCUUUUAGUUUUAUUUGUAUCAAAUUAAAAACAUAAUUAAUGUAAUUCUCGUGCAAAUCGAUGACGACAGCACUCUAACUCGAAAGGAUAAAAUAUGACAUUAUGUAACUGGCCAGCCGGACAAAUAACAACGUAAACAAACAUGAUCAUGAAUUAUUAAACGUAAAUUUACUUUUUAUAUUUAUAGCCUAUACAGGGUGUAUCAAAAAAACUGAACCCUUUCAAAUUCAAAUUAGCUAUAACGUAUUGUAGUAAUUUGACAGCUCUAAUUGCUUUGAAUUAAUGAUUGGGUAAGAACACAAGGAAAUGAAGGAAUACUGUAUUUCUUUCAAAUUUUCUAAUUUUUAUUUCUUUGAGUUUUGUCCCAUGAGUACAAGACCUUGUGUUCUUAUCCAACCAUUAAUUUAAAGCAAUUAGAGCUGUCAAAUUACUACAAUACGUUAUAGCUAAUUUGAAUUUGAAAGGGUUCAGGUUUUUUUUUAUACACACUGUACAGUACAGUGUCUUAAAAAACAGUAACCCUUUGAAAUCAAGCCUUUGUUAGAAUUUGAAUUCCUUAUUACUAUGCUGAACCCACGGGUGCGUAAAAAAGUAUAUACAUAUAGUCUUCUUUAGUACAACUGAAGACUUUACAAAAGUUAAGUAAUUCAGGUUAAGUGUACAAGAUUUUCUACUCCUGGGCAUUUAAAAUAACUCUAAUCGUAUACAGGGUGUCCCAGAAAAAACGGAAAACCAUUGAAAUAACGUAUUCAGUGUUAAACUAUUUGAAUGCCCUAGCACUAAGCUGAACGCAAAGCCAAGAUGCGUAAAAUAUUGACAAGGGUUCACAUAAAUAUCGACCACGCUCUUAGCAUAAUGAAAAAUAUUUCAGCACAAACCAACAAUACCUCAAUACCUAAAAUUCGCUUUAACUGAAGAUUUUCACGUGAAUAUUAAGAGGUAUAUUACCUUCAAUGAUCCGAAGGAUACUGCAAGUUCAAGGGAAAACGUCAAAAACUCAGGUAUAAAUAAAACAUUAAACAUUGUAUUGCUCAAUUGCUCUCGACCUGGUGGGUUCUUUAGGUUCUUGGAACCGGUUAUCAGUGAUGAUAUUUCCCUCGGGCCAAAGCCCCUUGGAAAAUAUCAUCACUUUGGGUAAUAUUUCUCCAAAUCCCCGAGGGAUCUAUAAAUGAUAAACACGUGAUAGGAUAUAACGAUACAUACAGGACUAGGAUAACCGACUUGUUACAUUUUACAAAUUCUAGUUUCUGGUACAUGUGCAGAAGAAAAUUGAAAUUGACAUUUUUGAAGAGUCGGCCAGGGCCUUGAUUUUUCUUUUUUGCCUGCACAUAUUAUUAAGUGCAAUUACCAUGUAUAAUAUACUAGUAAUACAUAAUCUUGUAAGAAAGAAAUAAGUGCAAAAAAAACUGAUUCUGAUUCAUCAAUACAAAGUAUUUAUAAGAUCUUCUAAUGGUAACCAUGCACGUUUCAAGAAAACACGCUCCAACUAAAAUAGUUGUUAUGAAUAUUCUUGCAACAUGGCCGCCAUAUAUGAUGUUAUAAAUGUUCUACUGACAAGAUAAUUCCAUAUAUACAUGUAUAGGUAAAGUAAGCACCAGAGAAUUAAAGAGAAAAUAUUUUAUAUCACGAUUCGAAUUACUCGCCCCACGAAUAUAAAUAGGGAAUCAAUAUCUUUCAAGCAGACUAUCAUUUUGUUUAUUAAUUUCUAGAAACCUCCACAACCAGUCUCAACAAGCACUCCGCCUCAGAUAACAUCGACAACACAAAAAACAUCUUCAGGUAAGGUUGAUACUACGCUAUAUUAAAAACUUACUUCAUAAGUUAAUAGUUAAGAGAAUUUCAUUUUUCUCUAUUUAGCAAAUCAAGAACUGUUAUCAUCUUGUAAGGAACUACUGCAAAGAAACAGGUUUGUGAGCCACCAACGUUGAAAGAUUUUGCAGAUAGAAAUUUCGAGUGUAAAUUUUAUACAUCUAGUUAGACCAAACCAAGAGCAGCUGCAGAAAAUAAAUCUAUAUGGGCCCACUAUAGCUAGAACGAAUCCAGCCCUCGGUCUUGCGAUUCCGGUGCAGCGCUCUAACCAACUGAGUUGCAGAGUCCAGUACUAGGCCUAAUCUGGGGCGGUAAAUCGCCUUAAAUCGCCUAAAAUCGCAUUAAAUCGCAGUGCUUGAAAAUCCCAGUUUUUCCUUGAAUCGCCCAAAAUCGCAUUAUAUCGCAGCAAUUUAAGGCGAUUUACCGCCCCAGAGUAGGCCUAGUACUAUUGUGUGUUACAACGAUAUCUUAAUUUAUGGUUGAUCAGUCUCGACAUUCCAAAGGGACAUUAGAGAAAGAACAGUUAAAACUAAACCGAUAGAACAAUUCAAUAUAAUGAAGUUAGGCCAGGGUCAAACGUUGAACUUUUCAUGUGCCGAACCUAAUGUUAAUGAGCUAAGUUCUUUGUUUCACUUCAUUUGCAUUAGGUUCGGCACAUGAAAAGUUCGACGUUUGACCGUGGCCCAAGUUUAAUAAAACAAUGUGGUCUUACUAACAUUCACAAAACUUCGUACUACUUAUAGGUCACUAAGCAAUGGUGUUUACAAACUACAAAAUACAGAUUCAUUCGAACAAUAUCAAGUUUACUGUCACAUGACUGAAUUAUCCGGGUGUGGCCAAGGAGGUUGGACACUGCUGAUGAAAGUAGAUGGGAACAAGGUACGAAUAAUCUUAGCCUAACACAAUCUCCUUGAAUGCAUAAACAUGACAAACAAUAAUAUUUAGAGAAAUGAGUAAACUUUUUGCUUUGCAGAAUGACUUCAGCUACAGCUCUCCUUACUGGACAAGCAAGGAAACCUACGCAAUUGAAGAUGGACUUGAAGGUUUGAAUGAAAAACAAACAAAACUUGCUUCUUACUGGAACACACCGUUUAACAAAAUAUGCCUCGGAAUGAAAGUCAAUGGUGUUACAAAAUGGAUAGCGUUAAACUACACCACAAACUCGUUACAUAGUGUGAUCGAAGACGGGACUUUUAAAGGAACAACCUUUGGAAAGGAAGCAUGGAAGUCUCUUAUCGAUGGUUUGUCUUUGCAAGAAUACUGUAAUGAAGAAGGAUUUAAUAUACAAGGGAUUUACACGUCUUUCCCUUGGCAGUGGCACAUGAACAUGCGAAUUGGUUUGGUGGCAAAUAAUGAAAACGACUGCGAUAGUUGUGACUCGUGCAUUGGCUUUGGUACCUCAGUAAGUGGAUGCUUGGGUUUCGUUAGGAGCACCACGUGUGGCAAUAUGGUUGUUUGUAGUCUGCUGAAUAAUAAGAACACGGCAGCAUUUGGAUAUAUACUCGUACAGUAGUAUUUGCAACGUUUCUAUGG